GUGUAGUUAGCAAGUUAGCUCACAUUCUUUCAUAACUCUUAACUUCCAAGCAAAAAACCCGCGAACGCUUUGCUCUCAGUAUCCAUUGCUCCAAACGCGAAACAAUCGAUCAUCGAAAGGUAAGAAUCGAAAUGCAGAAGAAUGUGAAGAAAUCGCCGUUACCGUUGAUCGAAACCAGCGGGAACAAGAAGAAAUUGGAAUUGUGUAGCAAGGAAUCGCUUGUGAAGGUUCUUAGAUGGCAUUUUGGGUAUCCUGAUUUUAGGGGUUUGCAAUUGGAAGCUAUUCAAGCUGUGCUUUCAGGAAGAGAUUGUUUUUGUCUUAUGCCAACAGGAGGAGGCAAGUCAAUGUGUUAUCAGAUCCCUGCAUUGGCAAAAGAAGGAAUCGUGCUUGUAGUUUGUCCUUUAAUAGCCUUAAUGGAAAACCAAGUGAUGGCACUAAAGGAGAAAGGAAUUGCUGCAGAGUUUCUCUCCUCAACUAAAACAGCAAAAGCAAAAGAUAAGAUUCACGAGGACCUUGGUUCUGGAAAACCGUCUACAAGGCUGCUAUAUGUUACUCCAGAGUUGAUAGCAACCCCAGGGUUUAUGUCAAAGCUGACAAAGAUUCAUUCCAGGGGGUUGCUAAGUCUCAUUGCCAUUGAUGAGGCACAUUGCAUCUCUUCCUGGGGUCAUGAUUUCAGACCUACCUACCGUAAGCUUUCAACUCUGAGAAGCCACCUACCAGAUGUACCAAUAUUAGCUCUAACCGCUACCGCUGUUCCUAAGGUUCAGAAGGAUGUAGUGGAAUCAUUGCACAUGCAAAAUGCAUUAAUACUGAAGACUUCUUUUAAUCGUCCUAAUAUAUAUUAUGAAGUUAGGUACAAAGAUCUAUUGGACGAUUCUUAUUCUGAUUUAUCUGAUAGACUCAAAUCUAUGGGCGAUGUUUGUGCGAUAAUUUACUGCCUUGAACGUUCCAUGUGUGAUGACUUGUCAGCUCAUCUAUCCCAAAGAGGCAUUUCUUGUGCUGCUUAUCAUGCAGGACUGAAUAAUAAAAUGCGAACUUCUGUGCUACAUGAUUGGAUAUCUUCAAAAACAAAAGUUGUUGUUGCCACUGUUGCUUUUGGGAUGGGCAUCGAUAGAAAGGAUGUGAGAAUUGUGUGCCACUUCAAUAUUCCAAAGUCAAUGGAAGCAUUCUAUCAAGAGUCCGGCAGAGCUGGUCGUGAUCAAUUGCCCUCUACAAGUCUGUUGUACUAUGGAGUAGAUGAUCGCAGAAGAAUGGAAUUUAUAUUACGCAACUCAGGUAACAAGAAGUCACAAUCAUCAAGUUCACAAGAAGAAUCAACCAGAAUGUCCCUGACUGCUUUCAAUCAGAUGGUUGAAUAUUGUGAAGGAUCUGGAUGUCGUAGGAAAAUAAUUCUUGAGAGUUUUGGGGAGCAGGUAACAACAUCAUUAUGUGGAAAAACAUGUGACUCCUGUAGACACCCAAACUUAGUUGCCAGAAAUUUGGAGGAUCUCACAGCUGCUUGUUCUCUACGUCAGAGAGGUGGUUCUCGAGUUUUCAUUACCAGUUCCACUGAUGCAAUUGAUGGAGGACAGUUAUCUGAAUUCUGGAAUCGAGAUGAGGAAGCAAGUGGGUCAGAGGAAGAUAUUUCCGACAUAGAUGGUGACGGUAAUGAGGCUGUCAGCAAUCUAGCCCGGUCAAAGGUUCAAUCCAGACUGGGAGUAAAUGAAAAGCUUGAUUUGUUACAGAGGGCAGAAGAGAAGUACUAUCAAAGCGAGAGCACUAAUAAACAGAGAAACAAAGUUGACAAGAAUGCUAUUUCUGAUGCAUUGCGAGAGGCAAGCAGGCAGAGAUUACAAAAUGCUUUAAAAGAGGCUCAGCAACGGAUUGACGACUUUAAGAUUGAAACGGAGACCUCGGCAUCUCUUCUCGAAGAUGAAUGCUACAAGAAAUAUGGCAAGACUGGCAAAUCAUUCUAUUAUUCCAAAGUUGCAAGUACUAUCAGGUGGUUGAAAACUACAAGUUCUGUCGAUCUGAUGAACCGACUUAGUGAAAUUGAUGCUUCCUCAUCACCGAGUGUCUUCUUUGAAGCCGAGCAUCCUCUCACGCCACUACCUGCUUCAGAUCCUUGUGCAAAUGAAGAAACUGGCAAUGAGCUCUCAGAAAAUGCUAUAACAGAAACAAUCCCAUGUGAUAUACCAAUAGAAAGUUCUUUUAAUACAAACUUACCGCCAAUACCAUCCUUUGCUGAAUUUGUAAAUAGUAAGAAAGAGAAAAGAGAUCGAUCAAGUGACACAAAGAAACACUCAUCAAGAGUAGAAAAGAAGACGAGGAUACAGUAGAAUGAUUCUUGUACGUACUAUGGUCUUGAGUAGUUACACUAUGAAGUGCCAACUUUGGGUCAUUUGAGAAAUACUCUAGUUUCAUCUUUCACACAAGUGAUAGUGCAUCUUACUGAUUGUCUGUCUUAUGUUUCUGAUUACUAAAUUUGCCUUUAUCAUUCUUCA